CCUCAUCAUUAGCUUUUCCCACUUUUUCCACUCUUAUUUGCCUAGUAAACACAGAAAGACUCAGAAAUGUCCAUGGAAACCAACUCUGUGUUCAUUCCCCUAGCUGGGUUUUCAUCAGUUCUGAGCCUCGAGUUGUUUCUCUGUCUCUUCGUCUUCGUCUUCAUUUUCUCUUUCUGGCUCUCACCCGGUGGCCUCGCUUGGGCUCUGUCCAAGCCGAAGCCCCAGGCAGAUACCAGGGCGGCCAUCCCUGGCCCUUCCGGGCUGCCUAUUCUCGGCUUGGUCCUGGCCUUCACUGGCUCUCUUACUCAUAGAGUCUUGGCCAAACUAGCCGAGACCUCAAAAGCCAAACAUUUAAUGGCGUUUUCUGUCGGGUUCACUCGCUUUGUCAUCUCCAGCCAACCUGACACGGCUAAAGAGCUUCUUAACAGCUCGGCCUUCGCUGACCGGCCUAUCAAAGAGUCGGCCUACGAGCUCUUGUUCCACAAAGCAAUGGGCUUUGCGCCGUUCGGGGAGUACUGGAGAGGCUUGAGGAGAAUCUCGUCAACCCACUUGUUCAGCCCGAGGAGGAUCGCCUGUUUCGGGGGGUUUAGGGAGGGAAUCGGGCAAAAAAUGGUGGACGAAAUGAGGGUUUUGAUGGAGAAGAAUGGUGAGGUUGAGGUUAGGAAGGUGUUCCACUUUGGGUCCUUGAACAAUGUGAUGAUGAGUGUGUUUGGGAGGAGCUAUGAGUUCGGAGAAGAGGGUGAGGGUCAUGUUCUUGAGGAGUUAGUGAGUGAAGGGUAUGAGUUGCUCGGGGUUUUCAAUUGGAGUGACCACUUUCCUCUUUUGAGUUUGUUGGACUUGCAAGGUGUGAGGAAGAGGUGCAAGAAAUUAGUGGACAAAGUGAAUGACUUUGUUGGGAAAAUCAUAAAGGAACAUAGGGUGAAGAGGACUGAGAAUGAUGGGGUUUUGGGUGGUGGUGAUGAAAGUAGUGGGGAUUUUGUGGAUGUGCUUCUUGAUUUGGAGGAGGACAACAGACUCAGUGAUUCUGAUAUGAUUGCAGUUUUGUGGGAAAUGAUAUUCAGAGGGACUGACACAGUGGCAAUCCUGCUAGAGUGGAUUCUUGCCCGGAUGGUUCUCCACCCAGAAAUCCAAGCCAAGGCCCAAUCGGAGAUCGACACCGCCGUCGGCAGCCCUACUCUAUCUGUAUCCGAUUCCGACCUCCCCAACCUACCCUACCUCCGCGCCAUAGUCAAAGAAACCCUACGAAUGCACCCACCAGGACCCCUCCUGUCCUGGGCUAGGCUCGCCAUCCAUGACACCCACAUCGGCCACCACUUCGUUCCGGCUGGCACCACCGCAAUGGUCAACAUGUUCGCUAUCACACACGACGAGGGCGUGUGGGCCCAGCCCAAUGAGUUCAAACCUGAGAGGUUUAUGAAUGAAGAAGGUAGUGUUUCCAUUAUGGGGUCCGAUCUGAGGUUGGCUCCCUUUGGGUCUGGAAGACGAGUCUGUCCAGGUAAAGCCUUGGGGUUGGCCACCGUGGAGCUCUGGCUUGCUGUGCUGCUGCAAAGCUUCAAGUGGGUCCCAUCUGAUCAUGGUGUGGACUUGUCUGAGAACCUGAAACUUUCUUUGGAGAUGAAGCACUCUCUGGUCUGCAAGGCUGUUCCUAGGGUUGUGAUCUGAUAAACCUAGUGUUAAGUUGCUGCUUUGUGGGAUCUGAUAUAUUGCAGCUGGAAGUUUGAAGCUUUUUUUUCUUAAGCUUUUGGUAAUUAGGUAAUUUGAUAAUUUGAAAAAUGUACGUGUUUGGUUUGGGAUUGAUUUAGAUCUUUGUAGGGCAUACGUGGAAGUAAAAUUUCAUGUGUACUAGCUUGCUUGUUAAUUGCAGACAUAAAGUUUUUAUCAUCAUAUAUCAAUGCAAUGCCAGUUUGUGAUUUG